GAGCCGGGCGGCGGGAGCGGAGCGCAGCGCAUCCCGCAGCAGCGGGCACCGCCGCCUCCGCCCGCAGAUCCAGCGAAACCUGAGGCAGCCAUGGCACUGGUGAAGAGCGGUUGGCUUUGGCGGCAGAGCUCCAUCCUGCGCCGCUGGAAGAGGAACUGGUUUGUCCUCUACCUGGAUGGCAGCCUGGUUUACUACCACGACGAGACGCAGCGGGACAUGGACGGCCGGAUCCACAUCAAGUACAGUUGCCGGGACGUGCGGAUCGGCCGUGAGUGCAAAGACGUGCAGCCGCCCGAGGGGAGGAGCCGGGACUGCCUGCUGACUGUGGUGCUGCGGGACGGCUCCAAGACCACGCUGUGUGCCGAGAGCGAGGACGACGCCGUUGCUUGGAAGAUGGCCGUGCUGGAGGCUAAAUCCACCCCGGUGCACGUGUACGACCCCUACGACGACGACUACUACCAGACCGUGCCCCUGGACUCCCACCAGGCCGCCUACAUCAGCUCCGGCCACUACGGCCACCAGUACGGAGCUCCCGGGGUGACCCACGUCAUCGUGCGCGAGGAUCCCUACCGCGUCUCCGGGGACCAGAUGGCGCUGGGGCUGCUGGCAGGAGCUGCCACCGGCGCUGCCCUGGGCUCCUUCAUGUGGAUGCCGUGCUGGUUUUAGGCUGGGCCACGGCCCCCGCUCUGCUCCCCAACCCUGCCUUGGAACCUGCCCUGAGCCUCCCUCAGCCUCCCCAAAACACCCUGGGGUCAGACUCCUGCACAUGCCCUGCUCCUAGCCCCAGCUUCUGCAUUAAAUAACCCCCAAGUGCUUCAGAGCCCCCCCAAAAGCCAGUCUAGAACCCUGCAGCAUCUGAUUCCCAUCGGCACAGGGCCCGGGGAGGUGCCAGGGCCGUUGGCAGAGCUUCCCCACCCCAAAUCUCCACAGGGAGCUGGCUGCAGAAAUACAGAGUUUGGGAGCAAGGGGGACUUACUUAAUUUGGAGGGAAUCGACUGGAUCUUUUUUGGCUGGGUGAACCCCACAAUGCAGAGGCUUUUUUUUGGGAGAGGCUGCAGCACCAGAGCAGGAGCUGACACGGGGGCAACGACAGGGAUGCUCAAGAGGUGGGUAAAAGAUUAAGGAGGAUGAAAACCUGUGCAGGAUUUCUAACCCUCUCCAACUUGCACCAGUCCCCCGAGCCUGGCCAAGUUGGAGAAAAGGUGCAAUCCCCUCAGGAACUGGAGUUAAACCCUUGGAAACUAGGCUGAGAAGAGCCCAGGGAAUAUCCCAACCUCUCCAGCCGAGUGGGAGGGACACACAGCAUCCUCAGUUUUACUGAUUUUUGGGAGGGGGAGAAGGGCAGCUCUCCAUGGGGACCAGGGAGCCUUUCUGGCAGCCAAGCUGGGAUCUUCACAGCAGGGAUUUGGGAUAGAGGGGGGACACACGGUCAGGCCAGGGGACAAGCAACAGCUCAGGGUUUUGGUUGGGCAAUGGAAGAGGUGAGGAACAGCUGCAAAGUGUAACCCUUAGAGCCAGGACGGUAUCGUGGAACCACGACUGACAUUGAAUUUAGGAAUUACCAACCCUAUAGCUGGAUAGAAAACCACCAGUGACACCAGCACUCCAGCCUGCUCCUGCCUUUAGAGCCCCAGGUCGGUUCACCCCUGUGCCCAUCGGGGGAUUGGGAUAGCCUAACACACCAUCCUCAUCCUCUCCUGCAUUCCCUGCCUCCCUCCUGCUGCGCACUCGCUCCCGGAAAGAGAACAAAAAAAGACAAAAAACCUCUUUGAAGUCUAAUAAAGGCAGCAAAAAAAACA